AUGAAGUUCACUCUAGGCCUGGGGUCGCGGGCGUGGAGAGUGUCCUGGGAGCGCCCGGCGGCGGCGGCCGGCCCGGGGGAGCGCGGCUGCGCGCUCGGCGGCAGCGCACGGCGCGUUUCCAGCCCGCGGCCCGACCGCCGCGGCUCUCGACUCGCGCAAGCCCUCCCUCUAUGCCUCUCCCGCGGCGGCGGCGCCCGAGCUCUCCCGGACUGCGCCGGGCCCAGCCCCGGUCGCUUCGGCGCCAGGCAGCUGGCUGGCCCGCGCGCUAUGGAGCAGACGUAUGGCGAGGUGAACCAGCUGGGCGGCGUGUUUGUCAACGGCCGCCCCCUGCCCAACGCCAUCCGCUUGCGCAUCGUGGAGCUGGCGCAGCUGGGCAUCCGACCCUGUGACAUCAGCCGGCAGCUUCGCGUAUCCCAUGGCUGCGUGAGCAAGAUCCUGGCGCGCUACAACGAGACAGGCUCCAUUCUGCCCGGGGCCAUCGGGGGCAGCAAACCCCGCGUCACUACCCCCAACGUGGUCAAGCACAUCCGGGACUACAAGCAGGGCGACCCUGGCAUUUUUGCCUGGGAGAUCCGCGACCGGCUGCUGGCCGACGGCGUCUGCGACAAGUACAACGUGCCCUCUGUGAGUUCCAUCAGCCGAAUCCUGCGCAAUAAGAUUGGCAGCCUGGCGCAGCCCGGGCCCUACGAGGCGAGCAAACAGCCGCCGCCGCAGCCGGCGCUGCCCUACAACCAUAUCUACCAGUAUCCUUACCCCAGCCCUGUGUCGCCUACGGGCGCCAAGAUGGCCAGCCACCAUGGGGUCCCGGGCACAGCAGGCCACGUCAGCAUACCCCGUUCCUGGCCCUCGGCACACUCGGUCAGCAACAUCCUGGGAAUUCGGACAUUUAUGGAGCAAACAGGGGCCCUGGCUGGGAGCGAAGGUGCCGCCUACUCCCCCAAGAUGGAAGACUGGGCCAGCGUGAACCGCCCGGCCUUCCCGGCCACUCCAGCAGUGAAUGGCCUUGAGAAGCCUGCCUUGGAGGCAGACAUUAAAUACACUCAGUCCGCCUCCGGCCUCUCUGCGGUAGGCGGCUUCCUGCCGGCGUGCGCCUACCCGGCGUCCAACCAGCACGGCGUGUACAGCGCACCUGCCGGCGGCUACCUCGCCCCGGGCCCGCCGUGGCCGCCAGCGCAGGCGCCCCCUCUGGCUCCCCCGGGCGCCGGCGUCACCGUGCACAGCGGGGAACUGGCCGCAGCGAUGACCUUCAAGCACCCCAGCCGGGAAGCGGCCGAUCGGAAGCCGUCCAGCCCCAGCGGCAAGGCCCCGGAUGGCCUGAGUAGUUUACACGGACUGCCCAUCCCGGCCUCGACCUCCUAGGGGCAGCGCUUCCCGGACCCCGAGCCCGAGCCCGAAGCAAGAGGCGGACCGGCGGGCGGAGGGGGGCGUACAGCUCGGCGUUGCAGUCUCGGUGGCGCGCGCGGGAGCCAGGACAAGCCAAGGAGGUGCCGGGAGCCUGCCCGCGGUCGGGGCCCGCCCCGUCGGUCCACAGGCCUCGCUUGGCUCACCGACCCGGCGGCCACACUUCCUUCACCGGCCAGAGUUUUUAGGCUUAUCUGAAUUUUGGCUUUAGACUGUUGCAACCUCGUCCCGAUCCUUGCUCCGACGUGGCCUCCCUCGCCCGGCCAG